CGUCAGCGAACGCCCAACGCGUUACGUCAGACCGCAGGCGAUUGAACGUGGUUCCAUCUUCCGGUUAGGCCUGACUGUGAUCAUGGCCCAUUCGGCUAACCCUAAUCCUGUGCCAAAGUUAUACAAAUCAAUUAUUGAAGAUGUCAUGGAAAGUGUUCGGGAAAUUUUUGUGGAAGAAGGCGUGGAUGAGCAAGUUCUUAAGGAAUUAAAGCAGUUAUGGGAGACCAAGCUACUGCAGUCGAAAGCUACAGAAGGUUUCUUCCGAGACAACAGCACCCCACAAUUUGUCCUCCAACUGCCUCAGAAUUUGCAUCACUCCCUUCACACCUCAACAGGAAAUCGAAAUGUUACACAUUUUGCAACAGGUGAAAUGGGUACUUCUGGAUCAAACAGUGCAUUUUCUCUUCCGGCGGGUAUUACUUACCCGAUUCAUCUGCCAGCUGGAAUGACUGUACAAACUGCCUCUGGUCAACUUUACAAAGUAACAGUGCCUGUAAUGGUCACCCAAGCUCCCGGGGGCCCGAGAAUACUCCAGCCGCCAGUUCAGCAGUUCUUUCAACAUGUCCGUCAACCUUUAGGGCCCUCCUCAAGCAGCCAGUACAGUAGAAAUACUUACAUAGAACAAAAAUGGCAGCAGCAACCGGCCAACGUUUACAGCUCCGAAGGACUAAAUAUAUAUGAUCGAGAGGCCUCUGUUGAACCGAAUUAUCAGAAUAAUAAUGAUGAUUUGCUUAUUCAGCAGUCCGUAGAUCUGCAGGAUCAUCUUACAAACAAGGUUCUGAAUCAGCCCACGCACGGCUUGGAAGACAGUCAUUUAAAUGAUAUAACAGGACCGCUCUUUAGUCCAAGGCAAAUGAAUGGAGGACUAGAUCUGAGCUCGGAGUCUGUGAUGAAUAACUUAAACAUGGCUCACUCCAUGCAAGGACAACCGGAGCAUGAAUAUUCAAGCCUGUUAAAACCACAAGAUUCUGACGAUGUAGUUGAGCUGAUACUUAUGGAUAAUGAACUUGGUGGUAAAAAUUCUGCUGGAGACAACGGGAACAUUGACAUCCCUAAUGGGUUACCUGGUGUGGAGAAGCAAGCAGUACCCCGGGAAAUAGAGAUAAUUCAAGUAGAUGGGGCCGGCGACACUUCCUCUGAUGAAGACCUAGGAAAUGUGAGAGACCUAGAUGAAAAUGAAUUUUUGGGCAUUAUUGACACAGAGGACCUUAAAGCUCUAGAAGAGGAUGACACUGGGUCAAAUGAAGACUCGACUAGUAACAGUAGUGAUGAUGAGGAUCCAGAAAUCGAUGUGAUUGAAGAGGAUCCAUUAAAUUCUGGAGAUGACGUGAGUGAGCAAGAAGUCCCGGAUUUGUUUGACACCGACAAUGUCAUUGUGUGCCAGUAUGAUAAGAUUCAUCGAAGCAAAAACAAGUGGAAAUUCUAUUUAAAAGAUGGAGUUAUGAGUUUCGGUGGCAAAGACUACGUUUUUUCUAAAGCCAUUGGAGAAGCGGAAUGGUGAUCACUGGAGUGUUUUCCGCGGAGCUUAACUUGCAGAGAAGAGAGUAUUUUUCAUAGAAACAUUCUGCACUUAAAAAAAAAACAAAUAAGUUAACUUUUUGUCAUUUUCUUUGAGUUGAUUUAAGUUUUAUGUUUAUGAAUGAUAUAAUUCUAUGUAUUUUUCUGUUGCAACAGAUGUGAAAUAAAGUUAAUAA